AUGCCGGUUCAGCUCCACGAAGAAAUUUCCGUUGGGGUACGUGUCCACCACUGGAUCAGUUCUUUCCUUCCCCGCAGCGGCGAAUUGGAAUAUCACGCGGACCUCUUUGAUGUAUGCAGCGACACCAUUGGGGCCAAAGCGGAACUUGGCGACAAUCAGGCUGUAAAGGUCGUCAUCGUCAAGCGCGAACUCAACAAAGGGCAGGGACAGCCCCCAAGUAUCGGCAUUGGACGAGCAUCAACUUUCAGUAUGAGAGCUAAACGUGAGCCUCCACCCGCAAUGGGGAGAGGCUUUCAGCGAAAUUUGGCGAAUGAAAGACGACAUGUAGUAGAUGCUCAAUCCGUACCUACUAAGUUUAUAGCCAGACCGAAGCGUUCUGGAGAGGCCCAGACGCAACCCUGCUCGUCUAGUUCCGACAAGAAGAUCAUUAGUGGAACCAAGAACAUUGCCGACGAGAUUGGCACAAUAUUGAAGCUCCAUUGCCUUCAUUCGACAUUCCCCAAGCGGGAAAGAGCAAAUGGGACAUGA